AUGGCGUCACCAGCUGUUCUACGACCGGUGACUCCGUCGUCGAAUUCGAGCGAUGCUCUGACUGGAUCACCAGCAACGUCGGUGACGGAUGUGGAAGAGCGAGCGAUAUACACGAUCGAUGACCUUGUGCGGUCACGGGCGGAGGGUGAUAGGGCUGAUGAGCACAUUGUCGCGUAUCCAGUCAGAGGGACGGAGUAUAGAUACUAUACUCCGCGCGAGCUGCACAAUCUAGUCGAAGCGGCUUCAGUCCAUUACGCGCGCGUGAUUCCACAGCGCCGAACGUCCGAUGAUCCAGUACAGAUGGUUGGCUUGCUUGGUCCUUCUGACUUUGAGUAUCUGAUUACACUACUUGCCGUCUCGCGGCUGGGACAUACGGUUCUGCUUCUGUCGACUCGCAUUGCGGAGGAUGCGUACGUCAGCUUGAUCGAGAACACCAAGGCUUCGUUCCUUAUUGCGUAUCCUGCGUUUCAGACUGUGGCGAAGAAGGUGACGCAACGGACAGGAAGCGUGCUACAGCCGGUGCUUGCGCGCGAUGAGUAUAUCAACACUACGGCGAAACUGCCAGAAGCUCAACUCGAUGGUUUAGUCGAAAACAAGCACAUUACCUGGAUCAUCCAUUCUAGCGGUUCGACUGGCCAUCCGAAACCGAUUUACCAGACGCACUCGGGGGCUUUGAAGAACUAUGCCAAUAACUUCGGUCUUAGAGGUUUCAUCACACUGCCUCUUUACCACGCACAUGGAAUCAGCUGUCUCUUCCGAGCGGUGCAUUCCGAGAAGUUGAUUUAUAUGUACAAUGCCGAGCUCCCCCUGACAGGCUCUUAUCUGCAUACGACGCUUGAGGAGCACCCCGACAUCGAAGUUCUCUAUGCCGUUCCAUAUGGCCUCAAGCUACUCUCCGAAUCAGAGGAGAGCAUGAAGCUGCUCGCACGUUUGGAGCUGGUCAUGUUCGGCGGCUCAUCUUGCCCCAAGCCAAUCGGUGACAAACUGGCUCAGAACGGAGUCCGUCUCGUCUCCCACUACGGAACCACUGAGACAGGUCAGCUUAUGACCUCGUUCAGGGAGCGCUCAGACACAGACUGGGAUUAUGUCCGUCCUGGCCCGACGUUGCUACCUUAUAUCCGGUGGGAGGAACAGAUGCCUGGAAUCUACGAGCUGUGUGUCCUCGAGGGAUGGCCGUCCAAGGUGGCAAGCAACCGGCCGGAUGGAGCGUACGCGACGAAGGACUUGUUUGAGAAGCACCCGACCAAGGAGAACGCGUGGCGGUAUUAUGCUCGUCUAGAUGAUACCCUUGUGUUGGAGAACGGCGAGAAGGCAAACCCGCUAGUCAUUGAGGGCGUUGCUCGCAACCAUCCGAAUGUCGGCGAAGCUAUUGCCUUUGGCUCAAACAGGUCUCGGUUAGGGCUAUUCCUGAUUCGCGCUGCGGGAUGUACUGAGACCGACGAGCAAAUUAUUGACUCGGCUAUGCCUGCUAUUGAGAAGUGCAACGCUGAGAACCCUGCUUACGCGUAUAUCUCCCGAGACAUGAUCCGCGUUUUGCCUGCGGAUACGGUCUAUCGCAAGACGGACAAGGGUACGGUCAUUCGUUCUGCAUUCUAUCGCGAUUUCGCAGAACAGAUAAGCCAAGUAUAUGACCAGGAGGAUGCAAGUGGGGACCAAGUACUGGAAAGCGAUGAGUUGAUCAUUUUUCUCCGUAACAGCCUUCUCGACGUUACGUCUAUUGAGCCUUCCGCGUUGCAGGAUUCAACGGAUGUGUUCAGCCUCGGCGUCGACAGCUUACAGUCUCUACGAUUACGAAGCAUUAUCUUGAAGACGCUGGACCUGGGUGGCCAAAAGCUCUCACAGAACUUUGUCUUUGAAAACCCCUCUAUACAGGCCAUGGCCGACGAGCUCACACGGCUGAGACUUGGAGGAAGUCCCCAGCAGCAGGCUCCAGUUGAAGAUCGGAUGGCCGAUCUCAUCGAAAAGUACAGCCGUGAUUUCAAAAUGCAUGUUCCGGUCCCCAGAGAUGACGAUGGCGAGUAUGUCGUUGUGACUGGUGCCACCGGUUCGUUAGGUGCGCAUAUUGUUGCCCAGCUAGUUCGAACCCAGCGCGUCCGCAAAGUGUACUGCCUUGUUCGCGCUUCGUCGCCUCUUUCAGCGUUCCACCGAGUCCGACAGAGCCUGCAUGCUCGUUUCCUGUUGUCUCGCCUCGCCCCAGACGCAGAACGCAAAAUCGUGGCAUUGCCUGCUGACCUCUCAAACGCCAAGCUAGGGCUGGCUGAAGAUGUCUAUGAAGAGAUCACCAGCUCAGCCACGGCCGUCAUGCACUGCGCCUGGUCUGUCAACUUUAACUGGGCCUUGGAGAGCUUCGAAAAGCCCUGCAUUGCGGCAACUCGCAACUUGAUUGAUCUCUGUUUGCAGACCAAGGGUCCCGCUCCAGCAAAGUUUUCCUUCUGUUCAUCUGUCAGUACCGUUGCUCGCACGCCAGGGAACUGGGUUCCAGAAGCACUUCCAGAGUCACUCAGCUAUGCGCAGUCAAUGGGGUACGCUCAGUCAAAACUGGUGACUGAGCAUGUAGUCAACCGUGCAUGCCACGAAACCAGCCUGUCCGCCCGGGUCCUACGGGUCGGGCAGAUUGUAGCUGAUACGGAGCACGGCAUCUGGAAUGCCACCGAAGCUAUUCCGAUGAUUUUCCAGACGGCAGAGACAGUCAAUGCCCUUCCCCUGCUUGACGAAAUCCUAUCCUGGACACCGGUCGACACCAUCGCAUCGAGCAUUAUCGAAGCAACACUCUCCCCAACUGCAGCAGAGGUCAUGAAUGUGACGAAUCCAAGCCUCAGCCACUGGACACGAGACCUCCUUCCCCUGUUGAAAGAAGCCGGUCUUACUUUCGACGCUCUGCCCAAGCGCGAAUGGCUCGCUCGUCUCCGCUCGAAUACCGACCCAACCACCAACCCCCCGAUCAAGCUCCUAGACUUCUUCUCAAACAAAUACGACAACGACUCGCCGCCCCGCGUCCUCCUCUACGACACAAAGAAGAGUCAGUCUGCUGCUCCAUCGCUCCGCAACGCAGCAGGCCUAACCCAGGACUUUGUAAAUCGCUUUGUGCGCUAUUUCCGCGGACAAGCCUGGUCCUCAACCGGAGGCCAGCCCUCGCCUAAGAAUGUCAUGUUCCUAACGGGACCAUGCGGCUCCGGUAAAUCCACAGCGGCAAUUUCCCUCGCGUCAAAGUUCAGUAUCACAACCAUUGAAGGAGACGACAUGCACUCCCGCCUCUCCCGCGCGAAGAUGGCAUCCGGCAUCCCCCUUUCAGACGCAGAUAGAUGGGAAUGGCUAGCUCAUAUCCGCGGAGCUGUCAUGGACCGUCUGAUACAGCCAUCUCCCUCGGUUGGGGUAGUCGUCACCUGCUCCGCGCUGAGAAGAGCCUACCGUGACGAGUUGCGGAAGCUGGCGUAUCUGCUUGAAGACCCGGUGAACGUCACGUUUAUCCAUCUUUCUGUGGGGAAGGAAAGUAAAACGGAGCUUCAGGAACGGUUGGUACUGAGAUCCAAGGAAGAGGGGCACUACAUGACGUCGACGAUGGUGGACUCGCAGUUGGAGGCUCUGGAGAGUCCGGAGGAGGAGAGGGAUGUGGUUGUUGUUGAUGCGGCUGCGGCGAAGGAGGUGGUUCUUGGGCAGGUGGAGGAUAUUGUGAGGGGGGUUCUUGUGUGA